AUGGGGGCAGGCAGCUUUGGGAACCCCGGUUGCGGCUCCCUUUCCCGUAUCAUCCUUCUAGUCAUCUGUGUGUUAGCCCUCUGUGCGUUGAAUGCAGGGUGCAAGAGCAAUCCAGUGGAGAAUCGAAGCAAAGACCUUCUAUAUAAGUAUAAGCUAUAUGGAGAUAUUGACGAGUAUGCAUACUACUUUCUCGACGUAGAUAUUGGAACCCCGGAGCAGAGGAUUUCUUUGAUCCUAGACACGGGAUCAUCCUCGUUGAGCUUCCCAUGUGCAGGGUGCAAAAACUGUGGGGUCCACAUGGAAAACCCCUUUAACCUGAAUAACUCCAGAACGUCAUCCAUUUUGUAUUGUGAAAAUGAGGAGUGUCCUUUUAAUCUCAACUGUGUUAAGGGGAAGUGUGAAUACAUGCAAUCCUACUGCGAAGGUUCGCAGAUCAGUGGAUUCUAUUUCUCAGAUGUAGUUAGCGUGGUGUCGUAUAACAAUGAGAAGAUAAGCUUUAGGAAGCUUAUGGGGUGCCACAUGCACGAGGAGAGCCUCUUCCUCUACCAGCAGGCCACCGGCGUUUUAGGCAUGAGUCUUUCUAAACCGCAGGGCAUCCCGACGUUUAUCAAUUUGCUGUUUGGGAACGCUCCACAGCUGAGGAAGGCGUUCACUAUUUGUAUCUCCGAAAAUGGCGGCGAGCUGAUCGUGGGGGGGCACGACCCGGCCUACAUCGUGCGCAAGGGGAGGGACAAGAAGGAGGGACCGAAGCAAGGACAGAACCAACCACAGGAGGCUAAGCCUAAUCGAUUGGAGGGUUCAUCCAUACCGGGAGAAGACCCACAAUUGGCAUUACGCGAUGCAGAAAAAAUCGUAUGGGAAAAUGUCACAAGGAAGUACUACUACUACAUAAAGGUCAGGGGUAUAGACCUUUUUGGAACGAAUAUAAUGAGCUCAAGCAAGGGGAUCGAGAUGUUGGUAGAUUCAGGAAGCACAUUUACACACGUCCCAGAGGAUCUUUACAAUAAAUUGAACUACUUCUUGGAUAUCCUCUGCAUUCAAGAUAUGAAUAACGUGUAUGAUGUAAACAAGCGUCUGAAGAUGACAAACGAAUCGUUUAGUCAUCCUUUGGUCGAAUUCGACGAUUUCAAGAGGUCUCUAAAAAGUAUCAUCUCCAAGGAGAACAUGUGCGUUAAGAUCGUAGAAGGAGUGCAGUGUUGGAAAUAUCUGGAGGGGUUACCCGAUCUGUUUGUAACUUUAUCGAAGAACUACAAAAUGAAGUGGCAACCACAUUCGUAUCUCUAUAAGAAGGAGAGCUUCUGGUGUAAGGGCAUAGAGAAACAGGUAAAUAAUAAGCCCAUAUUAGGGUUAACUUUUUUUAAGAACAGACAAGUUAUUUUCGACAUUGAGAAGAAUCGGAUCGGUUUUGUCGAUGCCAAUUGUCCAUCUCAUCCGACUAAUACCAGACCUAGGACUUAUAAUGAGUACAAAAGGAAGGACAACAUAUUUUUAAAGAUCCCAUUUUUUUACUUGUAUAGCCUCUUUGUCGUCUUCGCCCUGUGCAUAUUGCUAUCCCUCCUGUUAUACGUCAAGCGGCUGUACGACAUGGAGUACAAUCCGCUCCCCUACGAGGGGAAGGCACCGGCGGAGACGUAG